AAACGACCCCUCGUCUUCCACCUCGAGCCGCGUCAUCCAAAACCGCAAAAUCGCGCCUCUCCGCCAUUCCCAAACCCCUCGCCUCGGCUCGCCUCUCCCCAUCCGGAGCUCCUUCUCCGCACACGGCCACGCCAUUGCCAUCUAGCCCCUCCUCCUUAGCCUCUUCUUCUUCUUCCCUUGCCCCCCAUAACCAAAAGUCCGAUUGAAAUCAAGAAAUCCUCGACGACCGGAGGCGAUCAAGAAUCCACCGGAAGAAGAUGCGGGGUUUCCCCGUUCCGGUGACGAGUUGGAGCUCCGCCGCGCUCCUGGGCCGCUCCAUCUCCUCGGCCAGGGACGCGGCCGAGGCCUCCUCCCCCAUCACCGCCGCGGAGAUGGUCCGGGUGGCGAAGGAGGUGGCCAACGCCGCCGACGCCUGCGGAGUCUCCGGCAAGAAGCUGCUGGAGGCUGCGGAAGCGCUGUCCAGGUCCGACACCGACGCGGAGCCGAGGCGGCGCGCCGCCGAGCGGAUUUUCGAUGCGGCGUCCAUGGUGGCCAAGGAGGCCGACGCGUCAGGAGCGUCGGGUCUCUCAGAUGCGGCCCAAAAUCUGACCUGCGCGACCUACGCGUUCUCGGUAGCCGCCUCGGGAUGGGGGUCCUUGCCGGAGUCCAGCACGAGCGGGAGGGACGCCGGCGACCUCCUAACCGAGCCCCUUCUUGGGUCAUGUCAGGACAAGAACGAGAAGAUGACCGGCGAGGGCAAGGACUUCAGCGAGAUGAGGAAUAGUGCAGCGGACUCUGAUCCACUUCAGCAAUCGGAGAUUAAGGAGUCGUCCCUUUUUGGAAAAUGCAAAGAACUCCUCAAUUAUGGUUUUCUUGGAGGUCCUGCCCUCCUACCCUAUCUAGGCUCUGGACUGAGGAAAACAGUGUCACCCUGCAGCCCGUCUGUCUUCCACUACAUCUUCUCGUCGUGGUGGAUUUGCAUUGUUGUCGGUGUGAUUUGCAGCAGCUCAGGGAGAGCAAUGUGUAGAGAGAGAUAUAUGGGGCUUGAUCUUAUCCGUAUAUUUAGAAGUUGCUUCUCGACUUGCCAUGCUUGGCAUCACUUUGAUGGUUAUACUCUAUAACUAUCUGGAGCUAGCUCCAACUGAGGCCAUCGGAUUGUAUAUCCUUUGGGGGAUAGCUACCUUUCUGCAUUUAGCUCUUUGGGUUAUUGUUAGUCUCAUUAAUUGUUUCUUAUUUGCAAGUUGCAGUUUAUGUUACAAAGUAUUAACAAAGAAAAGUUUUUAUCCCUUUUGCAGGAUCACAUGAACAAGGAGACUUGAAGAUAUUACAUAUCGAUAGAAUCACUUCUCAUCCAAAUGAUAAGUAGCAAUGAAUUGUUAGGACAAUUGAUCUUGCUCCCUCCUACUACUACUACAGUCAAUGGAUUGUCUUGUGCAGUUAAUGAAUUGUUAGGAUAAUUGACCUUACUCUUACUUCCUCUUAUUGCUGCAGUCGAUGAAUUGUUUGUUAGGAUAAUUGACUGCAGUCAAUGAAUUGUUGGUACUAUUGCUGUCCCUUUUUUAAAGAACAGCAAGUUAAUGGAUAUAGUUGUUGAUUGUCGGAUGGAGUUACAGAUUGCCAUACAUGAUACAUGUCAAACUGAUGUUCAUUUACAGCUGCUUCAGAAUUUAUAGAAUAUUGCUAAAGUGUCUCAUUUGGCAAUGGUUUGGAAAGUAGGGAACUCUAGGUCAGAGCAUGCAAGUAGAAGGUCAAGGUUCAGCAAGUUUUGAGUCAGUUUUUAUAAUGCCUUAAACUACUUAUCUGGCUAGCUGUUCCAGUCA